CUUGUCCGGUUGAGCCUAGCGAAGCUGUGGGAGGGGAGAGUGCUGCUGUUGCUCCUGCCGAGAGGGGAGACAUGGGAAAUGCUCAGAAGAAGCCCCACGGCAGAGGAGGGGAAGGGGGCCCCGGCCCGCAUACGGACCACAAUUCACACGGAGGCCACUGGAAAAACCGCGGAGGGAUUGCGGAGAAGUACAAGGUGAACCAACAGGAUCCGACGUCGGACAAAGGUCUGCGGAACGGAGCUCGGGGCUCUGUCAGGAGGGACUCUAAAGGAUCCAGUCCGGCUGGGGGAGACGGAAGCAACCUUGACGCCCCUUGUGGGGCCCUACCCCCACCGCUGGCGCGGCUCAAGAACGAAGGAAACCUGUUCUUUAAGAAUGGACAGUUUGCAGAUGCGCUGGACAAAUACUCCCAGGCCAUCACGGGUUUCACAGACUCAGGAAUGGACAGUCCUGAGGACCUGGGUGUGCUCUACUCUAACAGAGCGGCCUGCUACCUGAAAGAUGGAAACAGCUCUGAGUGUAUACAGGACUGCACCAGGUCCUUGGAGCUGCAGCCCUUCUCCCUGAAGCCCCUCCUACGCAGAGCCAUGGCUUAUGAGACUAUGGAGCGGUACCGACAGGCCUACGUGGAUUACAAGACCGUGCUACAGAUAGAUAUCAGUGUGCAGGCUGCACACGACAGUGUUAACAGGAUCACGAGGUUACUGAUAGAGCAGGAUGGAGAGCAGUGGAGAGAGAAACUCCCUGAGAUCCCUCUGGUCCCGCUGUCAGCUCAGCAGCACCGCAGGGAGGAACCGCCCAGCGCUGAGGUCCUACAGGCCAGAGCAGAGAAGGCCAAGCACCACGCAGCUCAAAAAGCAGAAGUCUGUUUCAAUUCACUGAAACAAGAAGGGAAUGAGUUUGUGAAGAAAGGCCAGUUCCAGGAGGCUGUGAGGACGUACAGUGAAUGCCUUAAGCUGAAACCAGAGGAAUGUCCCGUCUACACCAACAGAGCGCUGUGCUUCCUGAAGCUAGAUAUGUUUGCUGAAGCCAAGCAGGACUGUGACUCAGCCCUGAGGCUGGAGCCAGCCAAUAAGAAGGCCUUCUACAGACGGGCCGUGGCCAAUAAAGGCCUGAAGGACUACCUGUCCUCCAGCUCUGACCUGCAGGAGGUGUUACACCAGGAUCCCAACGUAACGGAAGCUGAGAAGGAGCUGGAGGAGGUCACUCUGCUGCUCAGACAGAGUCUGGCUCGGGGACCUGUUAUCGGGGAUCACCUAGCAACCCCAGGAGCCUGUCCCCAUCACUGA